UAAAAAUUCCAGUUUCGAGUUCAACGUAAGAAUCAUCGCCAUUUUUGACGUCUUUGCAAAAUUUUAAUAAAACUGACAUUAUUAUCCAUAAUCACAAAAACAAGAAUUUGUUCGUAAAUUUUCGCGAGCUAGGUAAAAACUAUUGAAAUUUAGGGUUUUGGCCACUCCCUCUCGUUGGGCAAUCUGGUAUCUUAAAAAUAAUAAUUUCCCCCCUUUCGCAGCCCUCAUACUGGAAAUUUCUCCUCGAAAUCCCCACCUUUUAUAAUUUUAUUUAUACAAUUUUUACUUGUAUAAGUGUAGAGACAAUUUUUUUAAAUCUUUAAAUAGGUAGUUUUUUUUUCUAUAAUGAUUGCAAACUUGUUUUCAAAGGAAUGCAGAAAACAAAAUGGGAAAAAGAUGAAAAACAGCAAUAGAGAUAAGCCGGUUGAUGCUGUGACUAUAGAAAUUUUUAAAUAAGUAAGUAAUUUAACUGCAAGGUCGAAUGAAUUGAUUUUUUUUAUCAUUUCGAAUUAGUGUAAAUAAAGCUGAAACAAAAUUGAGUUGAAUAAUAUUUUCAAGUUCCUCGUUGGUUCAAGUAGUACAAAUAUAUUUUGUAAUAAAUUCAUGAUAAUGGUUAACACAGGCUACAGAAGAUUCUAUAAGAUGAUUUUGUGCACUGCUUUACUAUUAUUUAUCGGAAAUGGCUUCGUAUCAUCGGAAUCACCAACACUACCAUCAGCAACUCCUGAAUCGGAAUAUGCUAAAAUAGUGAAGAACGCGACAAACGUCAGAAAUAGUGUCAAUGAAUUGAGCGUCAACUUUUCCAAACUAGUAUUAAAUGAUUUAAAACCAGAAGGAAAUUUCAUAUUUUCACCUUUCAACACUUACGAAGCCUUGUCAUUGGUGCAUUUGGGCGCUACUGGUACCACCAAAAAGGAGCUUUCCAGUGUUUUGGGACUUCCUGUCGAAGAAAACAAAUCAGCAGCUGAAGCUCGCGAAUAUUUCGGAAAAUUGUCAACUUUAAUACAAAAAACAACUUUCGAUAAGAUCAAAGUAAAUAUUUCGAAUGGAGUAUUCGUUCAAAAGGGAUUAAAACUCAAAGAAAGUUAUUUGAACGGGGCGAAAAAUUAUUAUCAAAGUGAAACUCAACAGUUGGAUUUUGCAAAAGGAGGACCUGAAGCUACCAAUGCUGUGAAUAAAUGGGUUGCUGAUGAAACAAAAAAUCAGAUUAAAAACUUAUUCAAUGACGAAUUAUCAAAAAAUACGCAAAUUUUAACGACAAGCGCUUUAUACUUCGCGGCAGAAUGGAGCCAUCGUUUCAAUAAAAGUUAUACACAAACGAAAAACUUCAACACAGGAGUGAAGCAGAUUCAAAUUCCAACCAUGAUUAACAAUUUAACGACUCUUUACCUUAACAAUAAAGAUUUGAAAUUCGAAGCAGCCAGCAUACCAUAUUCCUACGCAAACUUCGUAAUGAUGAUUUAUUUGCCAUAUCCAGAUCAACCUCUGAAAACUCUCGUGAAUUCGCUGAAAUCUGAAGACAUUGACCUUUCAAAAACUAUAAAAUCAUUCAAAGUUGCUCACGUUAAUUACCAAGUUCCUCAAAUGAAAUUUCGAUGGACCCAAGAUAUCAAUGAGCAGUUGAAGAAACUGGGAUUAAAACAAAUGUUCGAUAAAGCUGAGCUGGGUAACAUGGUCGACUCGAAAAAUAUAUCUGUAUCGAAAGUAACACAUACAGCUGAAGUUGAAGUCACCGAAGAUGGAACUUUAUCUAGUGCAAUACCUAUAGUGCACUCUCCAAUCACAUCAACGGAACAGCCUAACCCCGAUACACCUAUUCCGUUCCAUGUAGAUCGACCAUUUCUUUUUUCGAUUUACAACUUUGUAACAGAUGUAAUUUUGUUUACUGGAGUGGUGCAGAAUCCGGCUGACGUGAAUGCUUGAAAAGCAAAGUACCUUUUUUUAAAAAUAGAAUUUAAUACAUUUUUUGGUGAAUUUGCUCUCUUGAUAAGUGAUAAAUUAUUCGUAAGAAUUUUGUUUGUAGAAUUUGAUUAAAUUAAAAUUUUAAUUCAUUGCAUCAAAAAA